AAACAAAAGAGAUUUCAUUCGUAUUUACAAAUAUGCGAUAUCAUAUUUUGGAAGGAGCUCUUAGUAGAAUCUAAGAACGGUUAGGUUGAUUGUCCACAAUUUCCCAAUUAAUUUCGUCGAUUUGCAACCCUUUUGCCCUAAUCCGGAAACCCAGUUCAGAUUUUGGCGCUAAGUACAAACAUUUGAAUGAAUCGGCGGUCUUCAAAGUUUGGGUCUUGUAUUCUGCUAGCCCUUAGCUUAUGGGGGCUUUAACCAGUAUCAAUCGGAAGCGGGCUGACGAUUACUGCAAAUCCCUAGUUUCAAUUUCACCUCCAUUUGAUCAAUCAUACGGUCACAUUUCAAAGAAACCCAAGCGUUCAGCUUUUGCCAACCCGGGACGGAAUUGGCCGCAUUCUAUUGUUUCAAGACUUCAUUUGUACCCUGAUUCGAAGCCGAGGUUUUCGAGAGAAGUUCAUGCUCCAGUUCCAGUUAGGCUUUCGAGAUUUGGGUCUUGUUCUCAGACAAAGAAAGUUGGGGGCAGUGCUGGUUUUGAGGAGAGUUCAGCUGGGAAUAUGGGGAACUGUUUGGGAAUUCAGUUUCAGUAUGAGAAGGUGAAAAAUGGAGCAAUCCAAAGUUUGAACUUCUGUUGGAAAGAUAGUGAACUGUUUGUUGGGGAAGACAAGUUAAAUGAGGUAAUUCAGAUUGAUGAUGCUGAAGAUGAGAACCGAGUUGAUGUGUCAGAUGAUUCGAGUGUUGAGGAGGUGAGGAUUGUGGAUGUUUUGGGGCGUAAGUGGAAGGACGGGUAUACGGCUGUGGAGAAUUCACCGGAGCAGAAGUUAGGAAUGGUGGAGAAAGAUUUGAGGUCUUUGGAUUCAUCUGUGGUUAAUUAUGUAAAUAAUCCGGAUGAAAAGGUAGAUGGUGUGGAACAGAUGAUGGAUGUAAUACUGUUGGAUGAGGAACCUAACGCUUUGCAUGUGCCUGUCCACAAGAAGUUGUAUGAUUCCGCCAAGGGGAGAGAUGGAAAAAUAAAGAGCUUAGAACUUGAGAUAGAAUACAAUGAAAAGCACCGUCAACGGUUUCAGUUAUUGCGGUCUCAGGAGAAAAGAGAGCAAAUUAGGAAGGAUGUCGUUGAGGAAUGUUUCGUGCCUCUUACUGAGGAGGAAGAGGCUUUGGUUGCUCAUGCGUUAUCCAGUUCCAACAGGAGAAAGGUUUUGGUGAGUCAUGAGAAUUCUAAUAUUGAUAUUACCGGAGAAAACUUACAGUGUUUGAGCCGUGGAGCAUGGCUUAAUGAUGAGGUCAUCAAUUUGUAUCUUGAAUUGUUGAAAGAAAGGGAAAAAAGAGAGCCUCUCAAGUUCUUGAAAUGUCAUUUCUUUAACACUUUCUUUUAUAAAAAGCUCAUCAGUGGUAGAGAUGGCUACAACUUCCAAUCAGUUAGAAGAUGGACUACACAAAGAAAGCUCGGAUAUAGCCUCUUAGAUUGUGAGAAAAUAUUUGUACCCAUCCACAAAGAAGUACAUUGGUGUUUGGCAAUCAUCAAUAAGAGGGAUAAAAAGUUUCUGUAUCUUGAUUCAUUGAAAGGAGUUGAUAAUCAAGUGCUGACUGUACUGGUACAAGUGCAGGCUAGGUACUAUGUUGAUGAGGUGAAGGACAAGAGUGGAGAAGACAUUAAUGUUAGUUCAUGGGAGCAAGAACUUGUCUCGAACCUUCCGGACCAGAAAAAUGGGUUCGACUGUGGCAUGUUUAUGAUCAAGUACGCAGACUUCUAUAGCAGAGACAUAGGACUAUGUUUUAACCAGGGAAACAUGCCAUAUUUUAGGCGGAGAACAGUGAAGGAGAUCUUGAAGUUGAGAGCCGAGUGAUGAAUAAAGCGACUGCCCGUCAUCCUCCCAUUGCCAUACCCCGAAUGUUCAUUUGUUCAAUGCCAGAGAGAAGCAUCUGUUGAACAUGGCUUCUUUGAAGGAUUGAUUGUCAUAAUCGCAACGUAUCGAUGUUGUUGGGCCGGUUAUACUAUUUCAUUGGGCCUAGCAUGGUUUUUUGGGUCAAUGUAGACCCGUAAGUGUUGGGCCGGCACAAUACCUGUAAUGAAUCAAUAGGGAACAAAGGAAUUUGUGAGCUGGAAACAUAUUUUUAAUCCUUUAACUUGAAACCAGCAGAUGGAGUAUAUUCGAUUCAU